CCCAACUCAUCGAUAGCCAAUAAAUAACUAAAACAACUAAUCAGUUCCACACCGAAGUCACUAGAGCGCGCAUGCGUCCCACCUCCGACCAGAGGCACCACCUGGCCUUUCGUGACGUACAUGAAGCAAAUCUGCUUCGGCCACCGCGCGAGACAAGAAGAUUAUCAACACACCAGCUCAGGUGGAGGAGAGCGCAGGAGAGAACCUGAGGCGGGGCAAAGCUGACUUUUUCUGGAUGAAGUGCGCUGAAAGUGCCGCAGAAGACGCCCAGUGUGCGCUUCCUUCUUGCGAGAGAAGGUGAGAACCGGUCUCCCGUGUCGGGAGCCGCAUUCUUGGGACCAAACCCUCUCCACUUUCAAGAAGACUCGCCUGAGAAGAAGAAGAAGAAAAAGUCAUGGACAAAAGAAGAAAAAUAAAGAGGAAGCCAGCGGCUGUGGGGAAAUAGAAACACAGAAAGAGAAGAAGUGUAGGCAGAGGAAAGAAGAGCAGGAUGGGGAUGGAUUUCAGUACUCUUCGGACUCUCAUCAGCCGAUAUUGUGCUGGGGAGGAGAACUGUGUGGACACCAGGACAGUUUAUAUUGCACAUAAGGAGCCUCCUCCAGGAGCUGAGGCGUUCAUUCAGCAGAGGUUUCCAGAUAACAGAAUAGUUUCCUCCAAGUACACUUUUUGGAACUUCAUCCCCAAGAACAUGUUUGAGCAGUUCAGGAGAGUGGCCAACUUCUACUUUCUCAUCAUCUUUCUGGUUCAGCUAAUCAUCGAUACUCCCACAAGUCCAGUCACCAGCGGGCUGCCGCUCUUCUUUGUCAUCAUCGUGACCGCCAUUAAACAGGGCUAUGAGGACUGGUUGAGACAUAAAGCAGACAAAGCUGUCAACCAGUGUCUGGUCCAGGUGGUGCAGCACGGGAAACUGAGCUGCAAACCCAGUCGCAAGCUUACGGUCGGAGAUGUGGUGUACGUGAAGGAAGACGAGUCCUUUCCAUGCGAUCUCAUUCUUCUGUCCUCGUCUCGAGAUGACGGGACGUGUUACGUUACAACGGCCAGCCUGGACGGGGAAAGCAGCCACAAGACGUACCACGCAGUUCAAGACACCAAAGCUUACAAAACAGAGGAAGAGGUCAACUGCAUCCACGCCACCAUCGACUGUGAACAGCCGCAGCCAGACCUGUACAAAUUUAGGGGCAAUAUCAACAUUUACAUGGGAAAUGAGCCUGUGUCCAGGUCUUUGGCGUCUCAAAACUUGCUGCUUCGUGGAGCGACGCUUAAAAACACUGAAUAUAUCUACGGUGUCGCUAUCUACACUGGCAUGGAAACCAAGAUGGCUCUCAACUACCAGUCCAAAUCUCAGAAGCGAUCGGCGGUGGAAAAAUCAAUGAACGCCUACCUGGUGGUCUACCUGUGCAUCCUCAUCAGCAAAGCCGUCAUCAACACGGCGCUGAAGUACGUGUGGCAGGCCGACCCCAACAGAGACGAGCCGUGGUACAACGAGAAGACGGAGAGCGAGAGGCAAAGACACGUUCUGAUCAGGGCGUUCACGGACUUCUUGGCCUUCAUGGUGCUGUUCAACUACAUCAUCCCCGUCUCCAUGUACGUCACCGUGGAGAUGCAGAAGUUCUUGGGCUCCUAUUUCAUCAUGUGGGACGAUGAGAUGUUUGACGAGGAGCUGGGCGAGCGAGCCGUGGUCAACACGUCGGACCUGAACGAGGAGCUGGGUCAGGUGGAGUACAUUUUCACGGACAAGACUGGGACUCUCACCGAGAACAACAUGGAGUUCAUAGAGUGCUGUGUGGACGGAAACGUUUACGUACCUCAUAUCAUCUGUAACGGGCAGGUGAUGCCUGGUGCUGCUGGUAUCGAUAUGAUCGACACAUCGCCAGGGCCUGAAGCCAGAGAGCGUGAGGAGCUGUUUUUCCGCGCCUUGUGUUUGUGCCACACGGUACAGGUGAAGGAGGAGGAGACAGUGGAUGGGAUCAAACAUGGCAUCCACCAGGGCAAGUCCUCCUCCUUCUACAUCUCCUCUUCGCCAGACGAGGUGGCGCUGGUGGAAGGCAUGAAGAGGCUGGGGUUCACCUAUCUGCGGCUGAAGGACGGUCAGAUGGAGAUCUUAAACAGGGAAGAUGAGAUAGAGAGGUUUGAGCUGCUCGAAGUUUUGACUUUUGACUCUGUGAGACGGAGGAUGAGCGUCAUUGUCAGGUCCAGCACGGGUGAGCUGUACCUGUUCUGCAAAGGAGCCGAUUCCUCCAUCUUCCCCAGAGUCGUCUCAGGAAAAGUGGAGCAGGUCAAAGCACGGGUGGAGCGAAACGCAGUGGAAGGCCUGAGGACUCUCUGCGUCGCCUAUCGGCGGCUGAGUCCGGAGCAGUACGAGCAGGUUUGCCACCUCCUGACCAGGGCCAAGUUGGAAUUUCAGGACCAGGACAAGCUGGUGGCCGAGGCGUAUGACCUCAUUGAGAGAGACCUCAUCCUGCUGGGAGCCACCGCUGUAGAGGACAGGCUGCAGGAGAAAGCUGCAGAUACCAUAGAGUCUCUCCACAAGGCGGGCAUGAAGGUGUGGGUGCUGACCGGAGACAAGAUGGAGACCGCGGCUGCUACCUGCUACGCGAGCAAGCUGUUUCGCCGCAGCACCCAGAUCCUGGAGCUCACCACCAAGCGGACGGAGGAGCAGAGCCUGCAUGAUGUCCUGUUUGAGCUGAGCAGGACGGUGCUCCGGCAUUACGGAACCAUGCCGCGCGACGCCUCUUCUGGUUUAUCCAGCGAGUACACCGACUACGGCCUGAUAAUCGAUGGUGCCACUCUCUCCGCCGUGAUGAGGCCCAGCCAGGAAGACUCCAACUCAGGGAAUUACAAAGAGAUAUUCCUAGAAAUAUGCCGCAACUGCAGUGCGGUGCUCUGCUGUCGAAUGGCUCCUCUUCAGAAAGCACAGAUCGUCAAGAUGAUCAAAUCGUCCAAAGAGCACCCAAUCACCCUCGCCAUUGGAGAUGGGGCAAAUGAUGUUAGCAUGAUCCUGGAGGCCCACGUUGGCAUCGGCAUCAUGGGUAAAGAGGGUCGCCAGGCAGUAAGAAACAGUGACUACGCUAUCCCAAAGUUUAAACACCUCAAAAAGAUGCUGCUUGUUCAUGGACACUACUACUACAUACGCAUCUCUGAACUCGUGCAAUACUUUUUCUACAAGAAUGUUUGUUUCAUCUUUCCCCAGUUCCUCUACCAGUUCUUCUGUGGCUUCUCCCAGCAGCCGCUGUACGACACAGCUUACUUGACUCUCUACAACAUCAGCUUCACGUCGCUGCCCAUCCUCCUCUACAGCCUCAUGGAGCAGCACAUCAACAUGGACAUCCUGAAGAAGGAGCCGACGCUUUACAGAGAUAUAGCAAAGAACUCAUUACUAACGUGGCCCAUCUUCAUAUACUGGACUGUUCUGGGUGUGUAUGACGCCAUUGUGAUGUUCUUUGGUGCUUACUUCCUGUUUGACAACACCACCUUCACCAGCAACGGACAGCUAAUGACAACCAACACACAGAUGAUGUUUGGAAACUGGACGUUUGGGACUCUGGUCUUCACUGUGCUCGUUUUCACUGUUACAUUGAAGUUGGCUCUCGACACUCAUUACUGGACGUGGAUCAACCAUUUUGUCAUCUGGGGCUCACUUGUCUUCUUUGUAGUCUUCUCUCUGCUGUGGGGAGGAAUUAUUUGGCCUUUCCUGAACUACCAGCGGAUGUACUAUGUGUUCAUGCAGAUGCUGUCCAGCGGUCCGGCCUGGCUCAGCAUCAUCCUGCUGAUCACAGCCAGUCUGCUGCCAGACGUGGUGAAGAAGGUGUUCUGGAGGGCGCUGUGGCCCACCACCACCGAACGCAUACAGAGCGCUGAUAAGCUCUACAAGGGCCAGCUGUCAGAGUUCACGCCCCUGGCGGCUCUCCACCCUCCGCCCAGGGCCGGCGACCCCCAGCGAGGCUCGGCAACCCAAAGGAACCCUCGAAGGUGUGACACCCCAAACAAGAAAAUCAUGUUCACACGCUGGCAAAGGGCGCCAAACUAUCGCACCUUCGCCCCCCUGCUACGAUUUACUGACGGCUCCCGUCACCCGAGGCCGGGGAACGCCUACAACGGGGCGGGGCCGGAGACCUCAGUCUAAUUUAUUUUGUUUUUGUGGGGUGUUUUGUUUUAUACUUUAUCAAAUAAAAACGAGCUGAACUCGGCAAAAAAAGGGUUUGGCUUUAAAGUCCCGGAGCCUCUGAGCUGGAGUUGGACAUGUUGCCUCGUUGGGGCUCAGUGGAUUUAAGACACAACCCUCAAAACAAAGAGACUUGAGAACUGUGAUUUCACUCUAAAAUAUGUGCACUGGCCCUUUAAUAGUAUCUGCCUUCAGUGGCAGCUAAAGUGUACUUCAUCUGUUAUUUCUUUGAACUGUUUAAGUAUCGACUGGGAUUAUUAUUAUUACUCUAAUAAUGACUCGUCUCAUUCUGUCGUCUUCAGCUGCUUCGUCUCUAACUCUCUGCUCUCUGCCCCAACCUGCCUCUCUCUAGGACUAACCACUGUUGGCUGUGUGCAAGCAUGUUGUCCAGAAACUCUUCGUAGGGCUCUGCGUGCAGAUCCUACUGCAUUGUAAGGAGGCGUGUAGCAGAGAAAGGAAAGCCUGAAUGCCCGGAGAAUCAGUUGGUUCUUGUUUGGGAAAAUCUCUUGAUGCACAAGCAAAAGAAAAACAAAGACCGACUUCGACUCCACUUUCAAGCUUUCCUGCUACCUGUAGGUUGUGUUGUCUGGUAUCUGGCGUAGAUGUGGGCGUCGUAAAGCUAGAAGGUUUUGUUUUCCGAGCUUCAGGUUGUAUAAACGCUCCUUUAUUUAGCUGCUAGAGAUUAGAGGUGCACCAAUCUGGUUCGGAUUUCUGGCUUUUAUUGAGAUUUGACCUGCAGAUUCCAGAGUUUUCAUUUUGAAUAAAAUGAAAACUCUUUGAUUCCAUUUAUAUGGAUCAAAGUACAUCUAUUUGGCUUUUUUAGUAUUUAUUUAAACUAAAAAAAGGUGAAUUGAGAUACAAGAUUCUUCUUGAUUUGUUUGUAGUGAACAGUAGCUGAUUCAGAAUGAUUGUUGCAUCUCUAGUAGAAAUGGUUCAGUGUUGCCUUAUUUGUUUGCUUAUCAAAGCAUCUAAAAAUAAUUCCCAAAUCUUUUCCUAAUGACAAAGAAACUCAAAGUGCCCCAAAGUCUUAAUGUCUUCACUAAAGACUGCCUUCUGAGGUAGGUACCUCAUCAGAUCAGCAAAAAAGCUUUAGUAACAAUAAAACAAACCUAAAGUCAAUUUCAUAACUACCUUGAUGGUUAUGAAAUUAUCUAUUAUCUAUUUAAGGCACCAAAACAUUAUUCAAAAUAAGGGAAAUUUAUCAUUCACACCAUAUGAAAACUUUGACCUUGACUAAAAACUCCAAAGAAUCAAUGCAUUUAUUUAAAAAUAAAAAUCAAUAACUAUUCCUACUGUUAUUGAAGCAGCAACAACUUAUGAUAUGUUCACGUUAGAGUACCUUUGGGAGUGCAAGUUGAUUUUUAGAUGGCUGAUUAUUCUAGCUUUCUUCUCAGGUCGCUAGCCUGCAGUCUGCUGCUGAACAGACAUGUUGCUGCCAGCUUGUUAGAUCACCAAAAUCCCCUUUGUAGAGGAUCUUUGUAGCAGAGUGCUCACAGCCUUCUGGAUGGUGCCAUUACAGAUAUGAAGUCAUAUUCCAUAUUUGGAUAUUUCCAUUUUUAUUGUCCUCAAAAGGGUUUUUUUCUUCUUUUUUUUUUUUUAUCAAAAUAGUGCGAUUUAAAAUUACUUUUCUGCUUUGAAAACUAAUAAAAUGACUGAUUAGCAACAGAGAAUAAAGUUAAAAAUGAAACAAAUCCCCAACUCCUAAGUAGUUAGAUUAAAAUUACUGUAGUUAAUUUUAACUUUUUUUUUUUUCCAAAGCCACAAAAUAAUGUUACAAUUCUCCUCUCUCUUUGUAGCUGUGUCUCUCUUUUUCUCUUCUUCUGUGCUGGUGAAACGCUGUGGAAGGUUUCCCACCUCUGCUACAGCCUCCUCCAUCUGUCUUAUCAUCAUCAUCACUAUCCACUGUCCCCUCCUGCUCCUCCUUUGCAGCAUUCCUCCAUUGAUUCAUCUCUCCAUCCAUCAUGAGACAGAGCAGAGAUGCUGUUUUUUUUUUUUAAAUGACUUGAUUAGGACCUCGAUGAACCAAAGCCUUGUUGCUGCUACAGUAGAGAUACUUUUAGCUGCUUUACGUUAGGUGCCUUGUGCUAGUUUAUGAAAUAAAUGAUUGUUUAAAUGCUUUACGGUGCAUUGAUAUGUGUUGGUGGAGGAUUUGGAUGGUACAAAGGCUCCGCAAAGCAUGGCCGCGUAGAUGCAAACGCGGAGAAAUGAGUUUAAAAGCGAGUUUAAGUUGAUUCCGUCGGUGACCAAAUUAGCUACGAUCUGUUUCUGUAUUAUUUCUAUGCCUGUCUCUGAGACGUUUGUAUUACUUUCAGUUCUGUAAAGGACAUUUUUGUGAAACGCGCUGUCGUCGUUUCCUGCUUUAACUCUUAAAAUUAAAGCAAAUGCCUGAAUUUUACAGCUAAAAUUCAGUUUUUGCUUUCAAACACUUGUUGAAAGCAGAAUGACCAUGUUACUGGAAUAAGAGGCUGAUAUGAGGCGAGGUUUUUUUUGCACAUUUCUACCACAUGUCCUAAUAAAUGUGGAGGACAUGACGAAGAAAAUGCAACACAGUCAAGUUUAGAUAAUUGUUAAAAUACUGGAGCUUUAAAAAAAUUGCCUCAUCUUCUUAAUGUCAUGUCAGAGCUAAAAGUAAAAGUUGACCUUAAGAGUUGGGAGAAUUUUUAAUAUAAUUAAUGUUAAAUUUCCACCUAAAUCAGACAAAUAUUGGAACCUGAAAACUGCAAUACUAGAUGGUUUUCUACUGUUUAGAGACAGUUUUUACAUGUCUUAUGUAUGUAGCCGUGUCAUUCAGACUCCCAAAUUUGUUGCUACCAAACAUCAAUGCACCAACGUGUUUAUCUGUGCGUAGCUUCGAAUGCAAACAGCCUGUUUCUGUGGCGUUAGCCGACGUUCAGACGCAACCCUGCAUCCAUUCGCAUCAGAUGAGGAGUGACACUUUGCUGUAGAAGCGUUUGAAGCCAUGAGUCGGGGGUCGUACCCGACUCUGUUAUGCUGGCGCGAGACUUUCUGAAUCGGCGACCUUCAGACAGAAUGCUACCAUUUCUGUUUUGCAAUGCAUCAUUGUAAAAAAAAUCUGUCCGUCUCGUUAACUAAUGGUAUCGCCUAACUGCUGUACACUCAGAUACCGUAAAGACGAAAAUAUAAACAGUACAUAGCCUACAUGCAGUUUAUGCUAACUGUUGUACAGUUUUGGGGUGUUUUUGUAUACAGUUUUUCAGAGUAUUGUGAAGAUUAUACUGUGGAUUUAUUUUAUUUUUUUUUUUGCCAAUUUUUCUUUAGCUUUCAAUGGCACAUGAUUGUACAUUUGCUCCAAAAUAAAAGCCACAAGUGGAUGUAUGGGGAAAAAAACACUUUUCUUUGAUUUCUU